GUUAAGUGUUCCCACAUCCUAUCCAGAGCCUGCGCUGCACUGCUUGGCCGGGCUAAUGCCUUGAGUACACACACCCAGACAGGGGCGGCUACUGCGCUCAACGCGACCGGACCAUGAGACAAAUAUGCGCAAUUAGCGUGUAGCUGUAGGAGCGGCAGCCCCAGAGGCAAGCGCAGGGCCAUGCAUGGUGAACCCUCGACUACGGCCACGUCAACAAACGCUUAAGAAGAGAUUGUUUUGGUAACACUCAGACGGUCGAGGGUUUCUGUGAAAGUUUGGCCACGAGAGACCUUCCGAGGGUCGGUGGCGUUGGACUCCACUCCACCAUGGCUGCCGGCGAGAGCAGCAGUCGGAUGACUCGUUGGCUCUGGUUCGCCGGACUUCUGCUGGCGCUCGGCGGAAGAGAGUCGGUGGCGGAGAGAGCCGGUUGUCAGAACGUGCACUACGACCUCGUGUUCCUGCUCGACGGCUCGUCGAGCGUGGGCAAGGGCAACUUCCAGAAGGUGCGCGAGUGGGUGUCCAACCUCGUGGGCUCGUUCGACACGGGCCGCGAGAGGACGCGCAUCGGGGUGGUGCGCUACAGUGACAGCGCGCACACCGAGUUCGAACUGGGCUCCCACUUUGCAAAGGAGGACGUGAAGCGCGCGGCGCACAACAUCAAGUACACCGGCGGCAACACGCGCACGGGCGACGCCAUCAGCUACAUCACCAAGCACAGCUUCUCGGAGGAGGCGGGCGCGCGGCCCCACGACUCGUCCGUGAACAAGGUGCUCGUGCUGCUGACGGACGGACGCAGCCAGGACUGGGUGCUCGAGCCGGCCAAGGAGGCGCGCGCCGCCGGGGUGCGCAUCUUCGCCAUCGGCGUGGGCGAGGCGAUGCGCGAGGAGCUCGAGGAGAUGGCGUCCGAGCCGCUGGACGCGCACGUCUUCCACGUGUCCGACUUCGAUGCCAUCGACAAACUUCGAGACAUCCUGCGCCGGAGGAUUUGCGAAACCGUCAUCUGCCCGAACCUGCAAAUAGAAAAGAAGAAGGAGCCGGGAGAGUUUACACAAGUCCCAGGCUUUGACCUGAUGGAGCGGUUUGAGCUGCUGGACCAAUCGGCCCUCAAGGAAACUCGGGGCCCGAAGGGACACACGUCGCUGCGCCUCGGGAGUGUGCCGCUCGUCCAGCUGACCGAGCAUGUCUUUCCACAAGGUCUCCCCGAUGAGUACACGUUCCUAACGACAUUCAGAUUCAGAAAAACUUCAAAAACAGAUGACUGGUACAUCUGGCAAGUCAUAGACAAGUAUGGUAUUCCACAGGUGUCCAUCCGACUGGACGGCGCCAACCGGGCGUUGGAGUUCAACGCCAUCGGGCUGCUCAAGGCGGCGGUGCGCGCCGUGUUCCGCGGGCCCCUCGUCUCGGCCGUGUUCGACCGCUCGUGGCACAAGAUCGGCGUGAGCGUGCAGCAGCGCACCGUGUCGCUCUACGUCGACUGCCACCUCGUGGGGGCCUCGUCCAUCGAGGAGCGCGAGAACAUCGACAUCGUCGGCAAGACGGUGAUCGGCAAGCGCCUGUACGACAGCACGCCCGUGGAGUUUGACCUGCAGAAGAUGGUGAUUUACUGUGACCCCAAGUUCGUGGAGACUGAGACAUGCUGCGAGCUGCCGGGAAGCCAGUGCGGCCCCGAAGUCGAGUUCCUGCCGACUCUAACGCCGCAAGUCCACAGAACCGUCGCGCCGACACCCGCCGAGGGCGUGGACGUCAUCACGGCCGUCAACUGCUCCUGCCCACCGGGCCCUCCCGGCACCAAGGGCGAGCGAGGCGAUGGCGGUCUCCAAGGGCCCGUCGGACCAAAAGGGGGCACUGGAGCACCUGGCCCUGCUGGGCUCCUUGGCAUCAAGGGAGAGAAAGGGGAAGCGGGCAGAGUCAUAAGCGCCAAAGGUGAAAUGGGACAAAAGGGAGACACAGGCCAGCCAGGACUUGCCGGUGCAAGGGGGGAAAGAGGCGCCAAGGGAGCCUUGGGACCAACCGGUCUGCCUGGGAGAGAUGGCAAAGCAGGCGAAAAGGGGGAGCUCGGACAAAGAGGAGAACCGGGAAGUCCCGGUGCCGCUGGCCUCAGGGGUCCACCGGGGGCGGAUGGGAAGACAGGCCCACCUGGGCUUGCGGGACCCCCCGGCCCCCAAGGAAUACAAGGCCAUGUGGGAAUUGGAGGAGAAAAGGGUGACCGUGGAGAUAUAGGUUUGCCGGGGCCCGCGGGACUAAGCGGAAAGGAUGGCCAGAAAGGAAGUAAUGGAUUCCCUGGCUUUCCUGGGCCUAGAGGAGAAAGAGGGGAGGUGGGACCGCCUGGACAACCCGGCGACAUUGUGGCACAGCAGGGAUUGAAAGGAGAGCGCGGAGACCACGGUGCAGCUGGCCCUACCGGUCCUCCCGGCCCUCCUGGAGCCAAGGGCGAUCUGGGAGCGGAGGGCAAGGAGGGCUCUCCCGGCAAAGAAGGUCAAAGGGGUAAACGUGGCGACCCUGGUACCCCGGGAAAGGACGGGCUGCAGGGACUGCCGGGCGAGCAAGGGACCGCGGGAGAACCUGGCCCACCCGGACCCAUUGGCCCCUCGGGACUCCCCGGUGAAAUCGGCAAGCCAGGAAAGCCGGGCGAUGCAGGACAAGCCGGUCUUCCCGGAGAAGACGGUAAAGCUGGGCAGCCUGGGAUCCCGGGAGAAAAGGGCGACAAAGGUGACAGAGGGUUGGAUGGAUUUCCUGGAAAACUCGGUGCCAAGGGAGAAGCUGGCGAGAGUGGUAGGCGUGGCCUGGAUGGUGAAAAGGGCGACAGAGGGGAGCUGGGGGCUCCCGGUCUGACGGGCCUUCGGGGAGACAAAGGAGACCAGGGCCUGCCAGGUUUAGGCGGUCCGCCAGGUGACAAGGGCGAGAGGGGAGAAAGAGGCGACGCUGGACCAAGGGGCCUUCCCGGAUUGCCAGGCACGGACACUCAAACCUCUGUGGUCCAAGAACCUGGAAUUGCGGGCUUGCCAGGUGAGAGAGGAGAGAAGGGGGACCGGGGCCUCCCUGGAGAAAAUGGUGCGACGGGCAAACGAGGAAACCCCGGCCCUCCUGGCCCCGUGGGCCCAAAGGGUGAGAAGGGUGAAGUUGGUGUUAUUGGACUUCCUGGAGACAGGGGAUUUGCCGGACCUCCGGGAGUUCCUGGCCUAGUUGGGCCCCCUGGUUCACCCGGACCCAUCGGGGCCAUUGGACCUCUUGGUCCACAUGGCCUUGAUGGGAUGAAAGGUGAGAAGGGCAACGAUGGGCUGCCCGGUGAGCAGGGGAUGCCAGGUCCUCAGGGGCCUCCUGGCACCCCAGGGGAGGUUGGGCAGCCGGGGCUGGGCAAGACCGGCGUGACGGGUGACCCAGGCAGAGCAGGGCCUUCUGGACCACCAGGCCCCUCUGGCGAGAGAGGCUUGACAGGUCCCAUCGGCCUCCCUGGUGAGAGAGGACUACCUGGGAUAGGUGCCCCUGGACCUCCGGGUGAACGUGGAGAUCCCGGACACGAAGGGCGUCAGGGACAGAGAGGCCCGCCGGGAGUUGCGGGCUCUCCAGGGAUGGCAGGCCUCGACGGUCCCGCAGGAAAGGAUGGCAUUCCGGGCCCCCCCGGCCCACCAGGAGAGGCACAUCCACAUCCACUGUUGUACCCGAAAGACAUCACCAACUUCCUGAAGGACGCGUGCAACGACUGUCCCCCGGGGCCCCCGGGCUUCCCCGGGCUGCCCGGCCUCAAGGGAGACAAAGGCCACGCGGGCACAGCAGGGCCCAGCGGCCGUGACGGCAACAAGGGUGCUGCUGGCGAGAGAGGAGACCAAGGAGUUUCUGGCCCUCCCGGUUUGCCGGGGAUGAAAGGCGAACGUGGAUAUUCGGGAACGGCGGGCGAGAAGGGAGACAUGGGUUCGCCGGGCGUACCGGGCUACCCAGGUCCGCCCGGCCUCUCCGGCCCGCCGGGAUUGAAAGGAGACUCUGGAGCACCGGGACACGCCGGAUUACCGGGAGAGAAGGGAAAAGACGGUUCCCCUGGAAUGAUGGGGUCUCAAGGUCUUCCAGGCAUCCCUGGCCCACCCGGACUGGAGGGAGAGAAUGGCAGGAACGGAGCUCUGGGCGAAGCGGGCAGCCCAGGAGAACCUGGAGCAGCCGGAAAGCCAGGAGCACGUGGGUUUCCCGGCUUCAAAGGUCACAAGGGCCUAGUCGGGCCACCCGGCCUGCGCGGCGAACAGGGCACGAGUGGACAGCCCGGACGAGAGGGCCCCAACGGAGCGCCGGGUGACCCGGGUCCCCCGGGGCCGCAGGGCCCUCCAGGCCUCCGCGGAGAGCCGGGCAAGACGGGCGCCACUGGGCCUCUCGGGUCCAAGGGAGUCCAGGGAGAACCCGGAUCCAAGGGUGACAAGGGACACGUGGGAGAGAUCGGCUUUCCUGGGCCGAGAGGGCUUCCUGGGCCAGCGGGUGAGCAAGGCAUGGCAGGCCCCGUUGGAAAAGAAGGCGCUACCGGACGAGCAGGAGACCGGGGCCCCAAAGGAGAGAGGGGCGACCCGGGCGUCCAAGGCCUGAAGGGCCCUGGCGGAGACAAGGGCCGCGACGGGGAGGCCGGGACACCGGGCCACAAGGGAUUCACGGGUCCCAUGGGUCCUGCUGGGCCACCGGGCGAGAGAGGCUUUCCUGGGACACCGGGCUCCUCGGGGCAACCAGGCCAACCAGGCCUUCAGGGGAAAUCCGUGUCCUUUGAUGACCUAAAGAGAUUCAUCAGAGAAGAAGUGUCGAGACAGCUGGACGAAAGCAUGGCGCGGAUCAUCGGCCAAGUCCAGCCGGCAGCCAUAAUGGCUUCGCCUGGCAAACCAGGCCCCGCCGGUAACCCAGGCAAGGACGGGUUGCCUGGGCGACCGGGCUCGGCUGGAGAGCCUGGACCUCCGGGGCAGAUGGGUCGCGAAGGCCCCCAGGGCUUGCCGGGGUUCAAGGGCGACCGGGGACCCAAGGGGGAGAGAGGAAUGCUCGGGGUCGGCGCACGUGGUGACAUGGGGCCGCAGGGCCCACCAGGUCAGUCUGGAAUUCCAGGCUUCGGCAAGGACGGUUCACCCGGCCCGCAGGGCCAGCCGGGGGAACCCGGCGUCCCAGGGCAGUCGGGGCCGCAGGGCCCGCCCGGGCGGACGGGUCAGUGCGACCCGUCCACGUGCUACUUCGCAGCGUCCUUCGCACGCCCCGCUCAGAACGUCAAGGGGCCGUGAGCGACGAGUCCAUCGCCGCCGCUCAUCCUCCUCCCGCAACUCCACCUGCGCCGCCCCACCUCUUCUUCCUCCGCUUCGAUUUGCAUUUAAACAACGUUUGUGUUUGGACGCGGCCACCCUUGACGGUUCACCGAAGGCUUGUCAGAGUUAUUAAAAUGAGAACUAAUAUUUUCUUUUUUUAAAGGGCAAAGUGGUGUCCCCGCUUAAACGAGUGACGGGCGGUGAUCAUAUCUGUAGCUGUGGGUGCACCCCCCCCCCCCAAAGCCGUUUGUGGAAAUUCCACGUUUCUGUGGCGGGGGCCAGUUUAUCGUGUAGGAUUGUCAACAUCGCUAUUUAAAAAAAGUAAGAGCCAGUUACUAGUUGAACCCUGGCAUUCGAUCAGGAAUUGAUUGCUGCUGGUUAGAAAAAUGGGAUUUUUUUUCUUCCUUUCAGGGAACAUGUGUUCCUACGGUACGAGAGUCCCACACGUGUGUGAGAGGGGCACUUGAAAGCACAGCUAAGAGGACACCUGCGAAUAGCCAUAUUAGUGGGAUCCGUUUGUUCGACAGAUCAGCCAAUCACAGCCGACAUAAUCCUCUGCUGACAGGCUGUACAUUGAGUCCCCAUGUUAGGUUUCUCUCUUCUGCGUCUUCUAAGCCCACAGUCCCAGCAGUGGAUUUAGUUGGAUUAUCUUUCUUGGUCUAAUUCUUACCUGCGCUUUUACACUAACCACAACCACUCGCCUUGCAUAGAGACCCAUAGUCUGGCAUACACUUACAUGAUCCAUAGAUUUACAUAGAGACCCAUAGACUUACAUUCAGACCCAUAGACUGAUAAACACUUACAAGAUCCAUACACUCACAUUGAGACCCAUAGACUCACAUAGAGACCCAUAGUCUGGCAUACACUUACAUGAGCCGCAGACUUACAUAAACACCCACAUAUGAAUACAUACAUACAUGCGAGACCAUAUAUAUUUACAUUGAAACCACGACACUUACAUAAACCUACAUCGAGUCUCUUAGACGUGACUUCUUCCAAGCUAGAAGAACAAUUAUUGGCACGGAGUCCGGCUGCUCGGAUUUUCUUUCUCCGUACAUCUUCUGCAGUCUCUUAUCUCACUCCACCACAUCCUCCCAUCGCCAUCGGUCUCCCUCUGCUCCUCCUGCUCUGCGCGGGUUCAUCGCCACGGUGGCGAGAUGUUAACUGCCUCGCCUGAUAUACAGGAGGUCAUGGAUUCGAUCCCGAUCCUGAGGCCUGCUGUAUAUUUGGAGUUUGCGUGUCUCUCUCCCCUUGGUGGCGUGGAUUUUUCUCCGAGCCCUUCGGUUUUUUCCUCCAUAUUUAGAAUCAACUCGCGUUUAGAGUAUUUGGCUGCUAUAAAUACCCACGUGAUAAGCCACUGUGUUGAGCUACAGUUUUGUCAUCAGGUCUCUUCUGAAAUAUAUCUACACAGUAAUAGGUUUUUACCCUUUUAUCUGGCAUAAAAACAGACACCUUUAUACAAGGGCUCAUGAUUGCAUUAACCACAACACUUGCGGUCAAAAUGCAAACAAAAAGACAACUCUGAUCAUGUAUGCACUGUCCUUGAAAUUGAUUAGUCCAUACUCGAGACAGCUUUUCUUAGAGCCUAAUCUCACAUGGUGUCGGACCAGAUGACGACAAAAGGCGCACAGCACAGUGAGUCUUACCUGGUUAAAUAAAAAAAAUCAAAUCUCCAUAGCCCUUCUCGUUGAACCUUCUCUUGUCUAUUCUCAACACGUGCCGAGACCAACUAAGCCUCGUCUCCCUUACCGAACAGAUAAUGUCACAUCACUCGCAAUGCCGCUGUUACUGGAGCGUUGCUACAUCUUUGGCGUUUUCUAUUUGCAUGACUUAGAAGUGUUUUGUUUGUUGUAAAGUUGUCUCUAUUUUUGCAUUGCGGUGUGACUUUCUUGCACAUUACAUUGUUGUUUUAUCCUCCAGGUGCGUUUGCCAUGGUGUAGAAAAUUAUAUCCGUGCUUAGUUAUUAUAUACACAGCGUUAUAUGUAUAUUAUAAAACACAAUAAACACUCACACCUUGAGUAAUUACGUAUGCAGGUCUUAGUAACGAUGCAUACGAGCGAAGCAUUGACCGGUCACGUAUAUCUUUUUUUUGUAAGAUGUAGAGAAAACUACUUUAUUAACGCAGCGGCAUAAGAAACUGUAUAUGACAAUCAUUGUAACAAAGUGCUUUUAUACUGUGUGCAACGUUUCGCGCAACAUUUGACCUUUAACCAAGACGGAUCUGCCCUUCGGCUCCGAUGCUAAAUCUACUCGCUCCGGCCCGCAACCGACUCAAUGACGAGUGCUCGUUGUUACCAAACGCGCUCGGCAACCAGCCCCCGCGCUCAUGCGGUGCCACUCUCGACAUUGACAAGCGGGGCUGGUCGCCCUCCCGCAGUCAAUCUUCCAUUCGGUGUCCUCUGUUUAACGGUGAAGAGCGGCGGUGGCGGUGACGACGGCGAUGAGCAGUGCCCUCACGCGUCAUUGAACCCUUUCGCGUUCCUAGACGGUCUGCAAGUUGCAGGGCGUUGGGUCCCCCGUUCACCGCCGAAUCUCGGAACGCGGUCGCGGCUCGGCGUUCAUUUUAUUGAGAGAGGCGUAGCGCCGUUGUUUUUAAGGAUGUUGUUACUCACCGCAGAGUGCCGUAGCGACACGACACGCGCUCUAUGAUAGCUGGGGCCAAACCGUGCCACGCGCCCUCCCGCGUGGCAUUGUGGGAGCCUUGCUACGUCUUCCGACCUGAAAACGCACCGCUAUAGAUAGUGUAUUUUAGUUCAACCGAUGACGUAUUUCGUACGCCAUCGGAAUGGGAAAGGUUUAAAUAAACGUAUCUACUCCGCCGUAGCCAUACGCGCUUUUCAGAAUGACCGUCGUCAUCAUCAUCAUGAUUGUCGUCAUUAUCAGUCGUAAUCUUUUAUCCACUGCUGGGUGAAAGCCUCCCCAAGCCACUGUCAUCUUGUCACGUACAAAGCAAUAAGCUCUCCAGCCCCUGUGCCUAAGCUUUUCGUGAUUGCUCCAUCUCCGUGGCAGACGUCGCCUCGAGCGCGUUCCCCCACCACCUUUGGCUGCCACUCCGUCAUUGGCCUCGACCUCCGGCCAUCGUCCCUUGCGAGCGACGUGUCCCUGCCCAAUGCCCCCCUAACUUCUUCCUCGACGAUCGAGCAAUAUUCACAUUCACCAUAAAUCUGCGCCGCUCAUAGCGUGCGUUGCAUUGUGAGCAGAGGAAGCGGGUGUCGGAAUGACCUCGGGUCUCUUUGGCCUCAAUGACGAGUCGAGCUUGCGACAGGCACUGUUUGUUCGCACCGAGGCUGGGCCGUGUAGCGAGCCUCCGGGCGCGGGAGGGACGCACGCGCCGCGGAAAGGGAUUUGAAAAAUUCCCAGUGCCAGGUGUAGGGGGCAAUGAUGCCAAUCUGAAUUUAGAUGAAUCGCCACGCUCUUCAAAUAGUGCCGCUGGGCACCGUUGACUUGGGAAAUCUGUCAAAAAUCCGCGCAACCGAUCAGCUUCUUCUCCCCGACGCUUGGAUGCAAACUUGCCCGAUGCUGCUACGCACCUCGGAUUAAAUGGCUCAAGUGGUGUCGCAUUCUUUUCACUCGUUCAACCGUGUGGUUUCAUUGUCAAUAUCUGUUUUCGUUCUUGAAUUUCAUCCCGAUGUUUAUUAAUCCCUUGUUGACAGCUGGUGUGUUGUGGUUGUUAUAUAUAUUUUUGUUAAUUCUGGCCGGCUCCUCUCGCCACUACACGAAGCGGUGUUUCGCUCACACUUCUUAAAAUAUAUCCAGCGGUGCUCAACUGUCGUUACCCACAUUUAGAGUUGCGCCGAGUCAAUAGGGUUAUGAAUGUUCAAAGCCUUCGAGGGACAAUUACAUAUGGUGCUAGUGUGUUGCCAAGUUUAGGCACAAUAUAUUUGCAAUUAGUUGUUUAGUUUCCCCUAAAACGCCACACACUUUUGUAUCGAAUUUUAUAAGCGAUACAGGGCGUACUUCCGUUAGACGUGACGCGUUCAUUAUAAUUCAGUGUUCAACACGACCACGUGGGGUUUUCCGCGGUUGCACCGUGCAGCUCGCCGCUGCGCCUCCGAGUUUUGCCGCAGUGUUACGUUCAGCACGAUGUCCCGACGUUUCGCUCCACGUUCUUGACGAAACGGGCUUAGCGGAGGACAUGCAACGGGGUGCAACCCAAACACUCGUCCGGGAGUGGGUGGGGGGGCUAAUUCACUGUCGUCGUUUCGAGAUCGUCUCAUCGUGGUGGACUAAUUCUUCACGCUUUCACCGCUAACCUGCUGUCCGAUGGGGAAAAGCAAAUCCGUGGGUUUUAUGAGCGAAACAAUUUGGGCGAAUUUCAAUGAGUGACGGUCAGUGGAAGUUAACCGAGGUUGCUUAUGAAAACGGGUGACAUUUCUAACAGCAUGGUUAUAAAUGUUAUAAAUGUGAACCCAGCGAGGGCUCUUUGCGCUCUUUUACUUGAGUACGUUUACUUGUAUGAAAUCCCGUUUAUUUAUUGUUUGCAAAUAAAAGGUGUGUGUAAAAGUAAA